CUUUUUCCGACAUCGAAUGGGCCGGGCAUUUGUGAAACAAUUGUUAAACCAUCGGCAAGCCACACAAGAGGAGCUCACAAAAGCUUCUCUCUCGGCUUCUCUCGGCAGUAAGAAAAAUCGAAAAGGAUUUCCCAUUGAACGACGACGACGUGUGUGUAGAAUAAAGAAAAGAAUCCCUUGAAAGAGAGAGAAAAAAAACCUUCGUCUUUUCUUAUAUUCCGGCCUAUAGGAAAAUUACGCACCUCCUCUUUUUCACUGACUUUAUUGAUCGGGAAGACGACAAGGAGGGGGAUUCGGUCCUGUAUCUAUCAUGUUUCUCUGGUUGAUUUUGACCGGCCUGAUUUGCUUUCUAUUGGGAAUCGUUUUGACAUUGGCCGUCGGCCAGCGGGACCUUCUCUGUUGGAUCAUGCCGGCGGAUGACGACAAGUUGCUUCCUCAAGUGAACCCGGAGAGCACAACUCCGCUGGUGACCAGUGACCAGCCCAUUUCCUUUGAAUUGCCCGAGGGAUUGGCCGGAAAGCUGACCGCAGAGAAGAUUCCAGCUGCCGAAAUGGACAAAACUCAGAAGGAUGAAACUUUACUGGCCGUCAAUCUCUUGUUGCAGUUCUUCUUCCGGGAAGCCCAAAACAACGGACUGGUCCGUCGAUUUCUCAUCCAUCGGAUCAAUAAAGAGAUGCAGGAAGGGGUCGCCAAAGGAGGCGCGACUGUUAACAAAAUUAUCAAAGGAUUGAAGAUUUACGACAUUGAAAUGGGGACAAAGGCUCCAUCCAUCGGCGGUUUUGAAGUCAACAGUCUCGUCCUCGACGAGGACCAAAAAUUGAUCGAAUCGAUCGAUCUGAUAAUUCACCUUGAAUACAGCGGUGGAUUCGCUAUGGGAAUCGACGUGGCCUUGCCUUAUGGAAAAACGGCAUUCCUGGCAGCUAAGCUGUGUCUGCUGAAAGGAGAUCUCCGUUUGAAAUUCUCCCGGCUGCCGUAUUCUCAUUGGACGAUCGCUUUCAGUCCACCACCUAUUCUGGAUAUGCCCAUCAGUUCCCGACUUCAAGGACAGUCUUAUGACGCCGUCACCGAUCUGCUGGCUUCUUUAAUUACAAGUUGGAUUCAGAAGCAACACUGUCUUCCUAACUCUAAAAUGUUGACUCAUCCGCUCUUUCCUGAUCCUGAUCGUUACCUUCUGAAACCGACUCCGGCGCCGACGUCAACGCCAACUCGUCGAGGGAGACUCCAAGUAACCGUCUCCGAUGUCUCUCGACUUGAUCCUUCCCUGAUCCAGGCUGAAGGCCUCUUUUGCAUCUUAGCUCUCGAUAGUUGUCCGUGGAUUGAUUUCGCUCCGUCGGAGGCAGUGGGACACGUGCUCUUGGAUGUUCGCAUGAUUCGCAAGCGAGAUAGACCGCUGGGAUUCGUCUUUCACGGUUUGCCUACAAAUGCAACGUCCGAUUAUUCGGCCAUCGACGAAAUCAUUGUCGAUCUGGUGGGAAACCAUCCGGCUGGAGUGGUGGUGGUGAGCACCGAGCCGGGUUCGGCGGCGGACGAGGCCGGAUUCAGAGCGGGAGACGUUAUCCUGGAAGUGGACGGUUUACCCGUCAAUUCGGUUAGGCAAGUCUUACGAGCCAUUACUACCGCCGAGGCUAAGUAUGUCAUCAUCCGGAUCGAUCGCUUUAUUCCGGCCGUCAAGUCAAAGGUUGAGGCGGACGACGCCAAAAAUGUCAUUAAAACUGAAGGAGCCGAACAGCGCACUCUGUAUCCUCUUCCGGAUGAUGUCAUUGCAAUUCAUCGAGAGACGAUCGGCCGGAUGGUCGGCUUAGAAAUGAAAAGAACUGAAACUCACCCAAUGAGUAAAAUUGUCCAUUUAGGCGAUACUAUGGAUUUUCAUGUGUCGCCAGGCCAGAGAUUCCUCAACUUGUCGAUUUGGUUGACGGGCGUUCGAGGCGAAGAAUUCGCUACAACUGACAACAGUGCGGCAAGUGUCAGUAUUCAGCCGCCAAAGUUCAGUUUGAGCAGGCUCUUUAAAAUGAAAAAGGAUCUGCCGGCUCCGCCCAGCCAAGACUCGGAAAUUGAAGAGCCGUUGAAAGAGGUCCGACUGGGAUAUGUCAAUGUCAGCCUGGCUGAAAUUGCAGCCGAUUGUCAUCUCAACACUCAAGGCCAUCAUGUCUCGACCUAUCAAAUCUAUCCAGCUGACCCCAAAGCAUCAAUCGGUCAGAAACAUUCGUUAAAGGACCAAGAUGGAUUCGACCCUCGCCUGUGCUAUGGCGAUAUCGUCCUUUCCUUCGUUUACCAGCCCGACGAGGAAAUCAAGGAAUCCCAGGAGACUGUUCCCUCGGAAGAAACCUCACCCGAACGAUCCGAGUCUUCCGAACGCCAUCGCUCGCAAGUCGACGUCGUGAUUUAUGAACUGAAACGGCCGCACGAUUGGACGCUGCGACGGUUCGGCCAGCUCCAAAACUGCGACAUUUGUCAAUCGAAGAUAUGGUUGGGCGAGGGCCUUUAUUGCCCAAGGUGCGGCUUAAUCAUUCACAAGAAAUGCUUCAAGCGCAUCAUCAAAGAGGAUAGGAAAUGGUGUAGCGUCAACCAAUCCAUCGCCAAGAUCGAUGACUAUUACAUUUCUAACGUUCCCAUUCCGGUCGAAGGCGUUAAGUCGGAUCUAGAAGGCAAUCCCUUUCAAGUGGACGAAGAAAACGAAGAAACGAACGAGCUGGAGUCGGUUCUUGAACGGUUGCAAGCGCGUGAUCAUAACGAAUCCCUAGUGCGGAUGGCCAAGGAUUCCGGCCGAAAGCUGUGGAACCAUUUAGAUGUAGAGAAGCGGCGCAAUAAAAUCUCUUCAAUGCUGAGUAAAAUUGAAGAUGCCGUCAAAGCUGAAACUAUCCGGCGUUAUGAGUUGGCAGCCGAAUGGGAGAGAGCGAAUUCGAAUACGUGUGCCGACAGCGGGAUUGGCGAUAGCAAAUGGAUUGAAGUGGAGCUGGCGGCAUCUGAGAAGAAACGUCAGGCCUUGGUCCUUCUUGAACUCUAUUUCAAUGUCGGCUGGCAUGACGUAGAAGAUGCGCUAGAGCAAAACGAUUAAUUGAUUAUCUUAUCAAUUAGUUGCGAUUUGAUUUUUUAAAUGGUCGAAUAAUAAUCAAGAUAUUUUCAGUCUAAUACUGCAAAAUGUGAAACAAGUGUCCCUUGUUUAGAAA